UCUAUGCGUGAUAGUUGACUCGGGCUGCGCCCUUCAACUAUCGCGCGAUAGAAAUCACGAGCUCAUAAUCUACUUUUAAUAGACUAUUCCCAAGGUCUUGUUAGGAUACAUCAAGUGAAACGAUCAAAGUUCACUGUAGGUUCUUGUCAGGCUGUCGAAGAUCAACUGAGAAAACAAGAAGACUGUGAACAGUCUUUUCUAUCCAUUGACCGUGUAACAUUUGCUUUUUUAUCAGGAUAUAUCGAUCUUGCAGACAUGUCAGGCAGUGAAGGAAGGCGGUCAUCAGAGGAAACAUCAUCCAACGCUUCAGUGUUUCUUUCAUUGGAUGAACUAAUGGAUAAAGUCAGGACAUUUGUUCGCGAAAGAGGGAUUAUGGUAAGACUGUUCUUGAAACUACAUUAAAGUAGACCAUCCUCUUAAUUAGUGAUUAACUCUUUGGACCAGUUCAUAGACACCUUGUAGUAGGCCUCAAAUAAAGUUAUUGAUUGAUUGACUGUUUUAUGGUGUUAGGCUCUAUUUGGUCUUGAAGUAGGAUCUGUUAAAUAAGCACUGACUCAGCGAUAUCAGAAAGGGAUAUUGUUCUUGAAUGAAUUUGUAUUGCGCCAAUCUGCGUCAUAUGUUUUCGAUGAUUUUGUUCCCUCAGGCUGGUUUAUUAAACCCGUUGUAUAGUUUGUCGUCAAUGUAAGCUAAAUGACAACCGUUAGGCGAAAAAAAAUUAUGAACAAAUGGCUUUCUGAACUUCUUCUUUCUUUACUUACCGUCUGAUAAGUCAGCGUAAGUGGCUCAGUGUAAGUGGUCUGGGGUCAAUGAAGGGAAUUUACCACAAUUCCAUCGUUAAUAGAACACCGACAAUCAAGAGUUGAGCAUCAAAUAAUUUGUUUUUAUUCUUAAUUUUAAGCAGGAGGACUUUUUCCAUGGUUGUGACCUACUGAGGACAGGGUAUGUCAGUGCUAGUGACUUUAACAAAGCUCUGAAGGAAGUGUUUGAAGAGCUCUUAACGGAUGAACAGGUGGAAGAAAUACAGAACCAAUACUGCGUACACAACAGCCCUGAUUGUUUCAACUGGUCAAAGUUUCUACACGAUGCUGAGACUGAUGAACCCUUUGUGCCUCAGAACAGCACUUUGCAGCCUCAGAAGACGGAGCUACUAAAGAGAGUUGCUCUGCUAAUGAAGGGUAAAAUGGACCUCUCGAAUCUACUGUGCCAAGCGCCCAGUCAGAAUUCAAAAAGGAAUGGACAAAAUGACCAUAAAUUUGACAAGCAGGCAGAAGACGUCUUUCAGCUUCUUGCUGCGGUCAUCGAAAAGGGAGAAUUAAAGGCCAUCAUGGACAUGUACACAGACGAGACGGGUUUUAAUUGCCAAGAAUUUCUACAAGAUUUGAAGAAAGUGGAAGAUUGCCAUAAAAAAUCAAGACCACCUUCUAGAAGCAACAAAGUCUCAGCGCAGUCACUGGGAUUUUUCAUUGACAUUCCUGAGGAUCAAGUGUAUUCUUCCCCGAGCUCGAAGCUCUCCAUCAGACGAAGCCGAAAGCCAUUCAGUAUUUCUUACGAAGCCUUAGUUUGGAUAGUAUUUACGAUCGUGACGACACUGUGCGUGGUUGAUCGAUUUGUUCUGAAAGGUGACGUGGUGCUUGGACGAGCAGCAAAAUUCCCCAAGCGUCUUUGGGGUACAAACAUUGGUGAGACAAUCACUAAUGUCGUGUGGGGUGUCACAGCACGUAUGAUCAUUACCUCUCAGAACUUGAUGUUUUACACGAUGCUGUGGUGCUUUCCAAACUUCAUCAGCGAGAUCGCUCCAAACUGGAUUACACUGGACGGAAUCCGUGCUGUUCAUUCAAGAAUUCACACGUUCGCUGGAGUAUUCUUGAUGGCUAUACCAUCUCUGGCCCAUGUACUGGUGAUUUUCGUUCCACCCCUUAUUGACGGCACAAACCUGAAGUAUUAUCCACCGAGCACGUUCAACUAUAGCAAGUAUCCAGACCACCUGAACUGGUCGGAAUUCUGGGAUCCUGCAGCUGUUCAGGGCUGGACAUUUAACGACCACACAGGCGUUCAUCUGACGGCUGACGAGAUCUACCGUUUCAUGAUCAUAAUUGUCAUAUUCUGCAUCUUUGUUCCUCUGAGCAGAUCGCAUUACGCAAACCAUGGAAGCUAUUCUUUGGCAAUGGCCUUGCACAUCUUUGCUGGAAUCUGGUACGCUAUUGACAACAUUCGAAAGAUCACCCAUGGUCUGUCACAAGUCACCAACCUUCCCAUACUCGCACUCUGGUGUUUCGACCGACUGCUCUCCAUUUGGAUCUAUCGACACGUGUGGGGACCGUAUCGUUCAUCCGUUUGGAAGUUGUAUAAACAGAUGGUAGACGUGACAGAUGGACAGUCGCCAUCGCACUAUGUUCUCUUCGCGACAGGAUCUGGCUGUGGUUAUAUCUUGGAUGUCCUCAGCUGCCUGGCCCACAAAUCAGAAUUAUCUGAGCACGGAAGCCAAACAUGCAGAAAGAUUAAAAUUGACAUCUUCUGCUCAGUUCGAUGUAAAGCGUUUUACUAUUUUUUGAGGAAAACUAUCGGCGAACUCCUGAAGAAGAUCAAAGAGAAGAACACUGCAACAGUAAAUUUCCAAUUUUAUGUCACCGGUGCGGCGGAAGAAGGAGACGAUCUCGAAGAACGCGAAGAUGAUAUCCAGGCAGAAACACAGAUUCAGCUUAUCAAUGGGCGAAUAGAUUUCGAGAAAGCUCUUAAGUCCGCUAACAAGAAGUCUCGCUGUUACUUCGUGGGAAGACCAGUAAUUGCCGAAAAUGUUGAAAAAAUAUGCCAGAGAAAAGGAAUCAGGUUGGUGAAGGAUUACACAAACGGACGAGGAAACGAACAGGAUCGUCGUUUAUUAAUGAAGUACCUUAAGAUAACCUUUUGGGUGUUGUUUAUCAUAACUGCUGUUUGCCUUGCGAUACGUCUAAUGAUUGACGUUAAAACCAUCAAGCAAUCUAUACAAACUAUUACAACGAAUAAGACGAAGUGAGACUUCUAGAAAAAAGAAGAGAAAAUCAAAUUAUCGUUUAGCUUUUAAAGUACCUCACUCAGCUGGACUGUCGGACAUUUUAUCAGUAAGAUAUUUUGUGCUUAUUUUUCCUAUAUUUGACACUAAACAUUUAUUACAUCGUUGUGUUCCUGGCGCAACUUCAUCCCUCUUGACCCUUUUGUCACCAAGAAUAAGAACCAAAAUGAUUCAUUUUGUUAGCGGAGUAUCGACUGCAAUUAAGUAGAAAAUUAAGACAGUUACUUUCCUCGACUUUAUCAGAGUUUAAAUAAAUCGUGUUAAUUGACUUUCAAAUUGCAGCAAUCAUAUAUUUAGCACCGGCAAGUCGCCGUAGUUAGUUGUAAUGGUUAUAGAGUUACUUGUGAAGUCCGAAUCCUCGAGAUUGUGUUUGUACACCAUUUUACUCGGAAGUAUAAUGGAACAUUUUAUAUUGUGUGCAAAAACCUCUACUGAAGAAGGUAGAAUAACCUGAUAUACCUUUCUAUAAUACUAUAGAUAACAACAAGAAGGAUUUUAUGAGUCAGUUUUCUCAAUAUAGCCAUAGAUUAUAUUUAUAGCAAUUUUUUGAAGUUAUUCUUAUCUAUAAUGACUGCAGAUUGUUGACAUAACUUCCAAUGUCCAAGUGAAUUGGCUAAAGUAUACGUAAUUUAGCAUAGAUGUCAAUACAGAAUUGUUGAUAUUGUAUCUACACCUAUCAGUAGUGAACAAUUUAAUGCUUUUUCUAUUUUUUGAACAGAAUUUUAGUCAAGACUGUAUUUCCAGUUAUGUAGCCUCAAUUUGUUGAAGCCGUGAUGGUUUCCUACGGCACGUCUCAGUGUAACAAUUUAAGUGGUUCAAGUAUGUUCACAGCCCAUUUGAGUCAUUAAAGUUAUUUCUCACAAAA